AUGACUCUGACAAACUUCACAACACAUGCCCUUGAUGGCUUAUGUACUCAAGAACAGCUGGACCUCUUGAAUUCCAUCGAUACACUCCGAUCGCAAGGCAUCAGCCACUACAUCUCUCUUCCACAAAUAAUCGUAUGCGGAGACCAAUCUUCCGGAAAAAGCUCCGUUCUCGAAGCAAUUUCCGGCGUUUCUUUUCCAGUGAAAAGCAGUCUGUGUACUAGAUUCCCAACUGAAUUGGUUCUUCGGAAGAACUCGCAAGUGGGAGUUCGGGUUUCCAUUGUUCCUCACCAAUCGCGCAGCGACGCAGAGCAGCAUUCACUUGGCAGUUUUUGCGAACAACUCGAUGGAUUUGAUGGCCUUGCAAACUUGAUAGAGAAUGCAAAGGCAGCAAUGGGAAUAUCAACUCACGGAAAAGCGUUUUCGAAUGACCUUCUGCGGGUUGAGGUUUCGGGCCCUGACCGGCCACAUCUAACAAUCGUCGAUCUUCCGGGACUGAUCCACUCAGAAACACGACAGCAGUCGGCGGCCGAUGUACAACUAGUCCAAGAUGUGGUUCAGUCAUACAUGAGAGAAUCACGAAGUGUCAUCCUUGCUGUUGUCUCCGCCAAGAAUGAUUUUGCAAACCAGAUCGUCCUUCGUUUAGCGCGGGACGCUGAUCCAUCCGGCGACCGGACAUUAGGCGUCAUCUCAAAGCCCGAUACGCUGGUCCCAGGAUCUGAAAGUGAGGCUUCGUUUGUAUCGCUCGCUAAGAAUCAAGACGUGGAGUUCCGUCUAGGAUGGCAUGUGUUGAUGAAUAUGGAUUCGGAGAAAGGCCAGUGGAGCUUAUCCGACCGGAACAUGCAAGAAUUGAACUUUUUUUCCCAAGGCAUCUGGGAAGACUUACCUCGAUCACUUGUGGGUGUGGACUCAUUGCGAAAUCGUCUGAGCAGUCUGCUCCUUGGUCAAAUUGCAAGUGAACUUCCAAGCCUGAUCAACGAGAUAAAUUCAAAGAUCGAUUCCUGUCGGUCGCAACUCCAGAAGCUUGGCGACCCUCGCGCAACAUUAGACGAACAACGGUCGUAUCUUUUGCAUAUCAGUCAAGCAUUCCAAUCUCUGGUCAAAGCAGCAGUGGACGGCACUUACAACGAGCCUUUCUUCGGAGAUGCGAAAACAAAAAAUGGGUACCAGAAGCGCGUCCGAGCAGUCAUUCAAAAUCUGAAUCAGCAAUUCAUGGAAAAGAUCUCCCGCCGUGGCCAUUUCCGCCAUGUGCUUGAAGGUGAAGAUCAAAGAUCGGGCUCCAAAACUCAAGUAUGUCUCACAAGAAAGGAAUAUGUUCAGCAUAUCGAGACGCUUCUCAAAAAGACAAGGGGUCGAGAGUUACCUGGUACUUUUAAUCCUUUGAUCGUUAAGGAUCUAUUUCAAGAACAAUGCGGCCCGUGGGAAGACAUAACACACAGCCACAUUACCGCGGCUUGGACGGCUGCAAGAGAGUUUCUUCAACAUGCAGUUUCCUACGUGGCAGACGAGGCUACUUCAAAGGCCCUGUUCAAAAAGGUGAUUCUGCCAGCUCUGGGGAAUUUGCGACAUGCAUUGGAGAAGGGAAGCGAAGAGCUCCUUAUGCCGCAUCAACGAGGCCAUCCUAUCACCUACAACCACUACUUCACCGAAACACUCCAAAAGACUCGCACUGAUCGCCAAAAAGAAGCCUUCCGCAAAGCUCUUCAAUCAUAUUUUGGUGUUGAUACUCUUUCAACCUCUGAACCUGUGCUGCACGCCAUCAAUCUUCAAGGGCUUUUCAAUUCUCUUCUUCAGAAUACUAUACCAGACAUGACACGUUUUGCGUCCGAGGAGGCACUUGACUGCAUGCUCUCCUACUACAAGGUUGCACUCAAACGUUUUGUUGAUGACAUUGCCACCGAAGUAAUAGAAGUCAAGCUUCUCAGUGCACUGCCUACGCUUUUUACACCUAUAACUGCAUUCGAGAUGCCCAAAGACUUGGUCGGUCAAAUAGCAGGUGAAUCCGAGGAGAGCCAAAGCCUCCGGGAACAACUGAACAAAAAAUUGUGGAUCCUCACGAAAGGUUCAGAUACUUGCAAGCGAUUCGUUGGUAUCAGAGGCCUUGAGUUGAACAAUGAUUUGCAGGCUAGCUUACAACAAAAUCGGGAUAGAUUGUCCUCUAGCUCUUCUAGCUCGAUCGAGCUACAUGAGGAAGCUGACGCAAUUGACUCUGAAUCAGUCGACGAGCAGUCCAGAUCACCCAGCCCAGAGCAACCUGCCAAACAUGGGUAUGCUCUGGAAUAUACCAAAGAACCGGAGCAGCUGUUAGCAGCUUCUAUUCCCACGAAGAGUGUCAAAAAGAAAACAAAGAAAAAGUCUGCCAACAAACUUCCAUCUCUCGUCGAACCGGCUGGUGAGGCUCCUACGGAAUGA